AUGCAUGUUUCAACGGACAUUCCCACAGCAUACCAUGCAGAGCUCACCACUUUGCCCUUGCUGUCAGAGGUGAACGGACGGGUUCAUCUCGGCAACGGCAUCUUUGUAACUGAGGAGCAGUGGCAGUGGCUCUUGGGUCGCAGGAGGGAUUCUCUGUUCUGCAAGGAGGCAGUGAAGAUCUUGUGGCCGAUCUCUGAACUAAAGGGCAGGAGCAUCACUGGGACUCCAUGUCGUCGCUUUGCGAACAAAGAAAAUGGGGUGAAGCCCAGAAAGGCGCUGACGCCAGUCAAGCUCCAAGCUGUCACAAGUGCUUUUGAGAUAUACGUGGAGGAGACUCCAUCAGAGGUGCCACAGAAGGACCGGCUAAACAAGAUGAAUCGGUUCAUAGCUGAACUCUUGAAUGACUUCAAUAAAUGA